GGCGAAUCCCCGCAAAAGAUGGCCGCGCGGUUUCCAGGGGCAACCCAAGAACGCGUCGGGGCUGAGUUCCUGUCGGAGACAACAUGGAGGAAGCGACGACCACGGAAGGCACCUUCUGCUUACAGCAGGUUACAAUAACUGAAAGUUCUGAAGAUGACUAUCAAUAUGAAGAGAUUCCAGCAGAUGAAGAUUUUAGUCUACAGGAAGGCGAUGAAGAUCUGGCAAAAGCUUUACACACAAUGCAUGAACAGACUAUUGAUGCCCAAAUUAUGGCUCAACGGCCAGGCCAGAUCACUAAACAAUCUUUGUCUGAAACACCUGAAAUUGUAGAUGAUUUUCUUUGUAAUUUUUUAAUCAGAAUGGGAAUGAACAGGACAUUAGACUGCUUUCAGACUGAAUGGUAUGAAUUGAUGCAGAGAGGUGUGCUUGAACCUAAAGAUGUUGGAUUUGUUCCAGAUGCCUAUACUUGCAAUCAGCAUUUGGAGAGGGAAAAUAUAUAUUUGAAGAAAGAAAUGGAGAACUAUAAAUUUGCAGCUAAUAAAGCUAAAGAGGCACUGCUAAAAAUGCAGAGAGAGCGUGACUUCCAUAGAAUGCAUCAUAAAAGAGUAGUCCAGGAAAAGAACCGACUCAUUAAUGACAUUAAAAGGCUAAAGACACACUAUGCAUUGUAUGAGCCUAUGUUAAGACAGCUGAAUGAAAAGUAUGAGAUUCUACUACGAGAGAAAAUGCUUACAAGUUUGGAACGAGACAAAGUUGUUGGGCAGAUUACUGGCUUGCAAGCGACUUUACAAAGUUUGGAAUCUGGAAGCAACAUUCACAUUCCUGUGAUGAAAGUUGGUCAUUGGUGUGAUAGAGAGGCUGGAUUAGUGGGACCUUCCCAACGAGCACUUAGACAAGCCAAGGAACAGAAAGUGCAUUCUGCCGUUAAUGUACAUGAUUCAGCCAAAGAUCCAGCAAAACAGAUGAGCAAGAAAUAUCCAAAGGAUUCAGAAUUUCCUGAAGGUAUCCAAGUAAAUCCAUACCUUGCUUGUGCAAAAAAAUGUGUGCGGCCAUUGAAGUCUGGAAUAUAUAGACUGAGCAACACAUUGAAAGUUCAUGAUUUAGCAGUGACCUGCUUGGCUUUACAUCCAAGAAAAGAUAUUAUUGUCACUGGAAGUGAUGAUCGCUUAUGGAAAAUGUGGGCCUUUCCUAAUGGGAACAUUAUCGUGAAGGGUGAAGGUCACACAGAUUGGCUUUCUGGAUGCUGCUUCCAUCCAAGUGGAUCCAAACUUGUUACUUCAAGUGGAGACAAAACAGUUCGUGUAUGGGACUUCACGAAGGGUGGGUGCAUUCUGAAACUCGAAGGUCAUAGCUAUGCAGUGUUGGAUUGUUCUUGGCAUUCAUGUGGUGAUUUUGUUGCAUCUGCCUCUAUGGAUGAAACAAGCAAAGUCUGGGACCUGAACAGUGAACGGUGCAGGUAUACCUUGCGUGGCCACAAGGAUUCAGUAAACAGCAUUGAGUUCUUUCCUUUCUCCAAUAUUAUUCUCACCAGCUCUGCAGACAAGACUUUAUCUCUGUGGGAUGCCAGAACGUGCUGGCCCAAGAUAAGCGACACCACAAAGAAACAGAUGAACGGUUGCAGGAACUGGGCAUGGCUAGUCUAGUGAAGAGAAGGACCAGAGGAGACAUGAUAAUAGUGUUCCAAUAUUUGAAGGGCUACCACAAAGAGGAAGAGACUCAUGCUAUUUUCCAAAGCACCUGAAGGCCAGAAAAGGAAUAAUGGAUGGAAACUGAACAAGGAGAGAUUCAACCUGGAAAUAAGGAAAAAUUUUCUGACAGUGAGAACAAUCAACCAAUGGAACAGAUUGCCUUCAGAAGUUGUGGGAGCUUCAUCACUGGAAGCUUUCAAGAAGAGAUUGGAUUGCCAUCUGUCAAAAAUGGUGUAGGGUCUGUUUGAGCAGGGGGUUGGAGUAGAUGACCUACAAGUUCCCUUCCAACUAAGUAAAUCUGUUAGUGCAGGCCAUUUGCUGUUAAUCUGUUAAACAUAUAGAAAUGGAUUUGCUAAAGCACCAUAAGUGUCAGAUCCAGCAGCUUUGGCUUGGCACCUUGCCAGCAUUCUGCUAUCAAUCGGAGAAGGCAGUUGGGAACAAAUGGGCAAUAAAGCUGUAUACUUUUAUUAUAGGAAAAUAGGGUGGGGGGAUUGACAGCUGAGGAAGACCAGAGUGUUUUGGAAUCUGGUUUGUGUUGGUGCGCUGGCAUCUUCAAGGCCAUUUGCCUUGAGAGUGAAAUUUCACCAACCCAAAAACCUCAGUGUUUCCCAAAACAUCUUGGCCCUGCUGGAUUGGCUCCACAAGGAUGGAAACAUUCUGGAGAAAGAUUUAUUCCAACCAAAAUGAUUUGCAUUUUAUUUGUCAUCUGUAAUAAAUACAGUAUAUCCUUUCCUUCUUUUGAUACAUUAAACAAGACAUUAACAACACGAGUUCUUCAGAGUUCCUAUUUUAUUUCAUUUAGUAAUCAUAAUCUGUGCUAGAAACAAAGCUAAAUAUGGUUUUUGAGGUGUAAGGUGGUAAAGUGAUUUUCAUUUUUAUAAUGUUAACAAUAUUGGGUUACUACUUGGAAAAAACAGAUUCUUUGAAGUACGCUGACAAGUGCCUUUUCACUUCAACAAGGAGUUGAGAGUUUUACUUCCCUAAGGAAUCAGACCUGGGGCAGAUCUGACAGUAAGCUUGCUCUAGGAUGCAUUAAAUUAAAUUCUUGUAGAGAUAAAAAGCAAAAAUCCUAAAUGAAGGACCUCAGAUAAAGAGGUAAGCACUGCAGAAAGCAAGCUUUAAUGGGAGGUAUUAAACCGCUCACUGAAAAAGAAUCAAACUAAUAAAUGUAAUGGCCUUUCUGCUCUGUACACUAAUACUCAGAUCAUGGAAAAUAAACAAUUAGGAAAUACUAUUUAAUGUGAAUGAUAAAGAUUGCGAUAUGGCAGGUUGAGUUCUGUGAAUGGAAUAUAGCAGUAUUUGUUUGUUUGUUUUUAGUUUACUUUAUUGUCGUACAAUAACUGCCAAAUUUCUUCUAGAAAAAGUCUGACUCUCUUUCAUCUAAGGUGUAAACAAAAUAUGGAUGGCCAUCUGUUGGAAUCUGUAGUUGUAGAGUCUUACAGUUGGACCAGAUGAACUGCAAAGUCUCUUCCAAGCCUUAUGUUCUAUAAUUCUAUUCUAAUUCUGUGAGUAGAAGCUUCUAAAAGAGAGGCAAUUGGUUACUGUUAAUGCAGCCCAAGAUUGCACAGGCAUUUGUGUAUUUAUGUGUUUGAUUAUUUUCCAGCCCAGAUACAAGACCCCAAUGAAUAGUCAAAUCCAUCUGGAUUUGACCCAAUGUUCAAAUAUGUCAGGGUCAUUUUAAUUAUUCUUUUGCCCUGUAAGGCACUAAUCAAUUUUCCUAGCUAGGUUAGGAAAUUUGAGGCUAGAGGGCUAACUGAUCAUAAAAAUUUUAAUUUAGAUUCCUAAGAUGAACAGGGGUUGACUCCAUGGCUUUAACAGCUCCUUCCAUCUCAAUGGUUUUAUGAUCCUAUAUAAUGUUGUAACAAAGAGGAAAAAAAUAAGGUAGAAAAACAGUACUGGUGUUUCAAUGGGAUACAACCGUGAUGGCGAACCUAUGGCACACGUGCCACAGGUGGCAUGCAUAGCCGUAUCAGUGGCCACGCCAGCUCACCUCUGAGGUGAGGGGCCUGGGGGGGGGAAGGCCCAUUUUUCUUUCUUACCUGGCUCCAGAUCCUCUCUAUGCAUCAGCGGAGAGCGAAAACAGCCUUUCCCAGUCCCUCGGAGGCCCUCCGGAUAAUGUGGAUAAAAGAAAGGAAUCAUACAGAGUCAGAUACAUGAGCUCUAAAGGACCCUCUCUAUUCACAUUAUUAUAAGGGGAAGACGUGCUUAGAUACAUGAGCUCUAAAGGACCCUCUCUAUUCACAUUAUUAUAAGAGAGAAAAGUGCUUGCUUGGAGAUUACAUUAAAAGCAGCUAAACCCCAUUAAGUGGUAAUAUAUCUUCUGAUGAGACCUAGAUGUGACGGAAGGACAGCUAUAUGGAAAACAUCUGAGUGACCUCACUGUGAAUGACACAAGGACAUAUAUGUUAUAAAGAGUUACUUAAUCUAAUAAAUUUACCUAAGGACAGCAGUAAAUUUCCCAUUAACAACCACAGCACUUAAGAAAGGUUGUCUAGCUAAAGAUAAUCUUAUAAACUAAAAAUAAUGGUUUACUAAUGGUUUAGUAAUUAGAUGAACAUAUUAUCAAAUGUAUGUAACCAUAUAGGGAAAAUCGGAUGUAUGUAACCAUAUAUGGAAAAUGCAUGAUCUCACCGAAUCCUUUGUCUUAGAAAUGUAUAAAAACCGUUGUAUCAGAGUUCUUUCCUUGUUCAAAGCUUCAGGUACAAAACUGGCUCUGAACCUUGUGCAAUAAAACUGUCUCUGGCUGACCCAGGAAUGUUGUUUGGUCCCUUCAUUCUACAACACGGAGGCCUGAAAGGGCCCAUUUCCCAACU